CAGCAAAUGUUAAUGUAAUUGCUUGUCGCUGUUAAGAACAAAACAGCUGACAGCAUUUCUGUGUGUACAGAAUUCGUGAACAAGAGAAAAGUUGUGUGAACACCGUUUUUGACCAGCAGAACGAACACGCUUAAUAAAUAACACGAAAUAGUUAUUCGUAUAAUAUAGUUCAAAAUGAGUACAACGCGUCCCUUCUGUUUCGUUUGUGGGAAGAUGAAGUCUGUUGGCGUCUUUCAGCUCAUCGAAGGCUGCAUCGUACCUGGCACAUUUAAGCCCAUAAAGGACAUACUGAAAUACUUUGAAAAGGUUAUCAAUCAACGCUUGGAUCUGACACCAACAUCGGCUGCUUGUAAUGAUUGCCUCGAAUAUCUGUUCAAUUAUGACCGGCUUGUUAGGAAUCUAAGUCAGGUUCAGCGUCAAAUUGCAAACUCGUUGCUUAAUUGCCGCAAAAGAAAAGCGGCGAUUUUGCAGACUAAAAAAGAUGCCAUAAAACCAAAAUUGCACGAAAUGCGGACAAGAAUCUCGGAAAACGAGUCGAAAGUCGUUAAAGAGGAACCAGAAGAAUACGCGUCUUGCGAAGAGCCACAAGCAGAAUGCCAAUUUAGCGAGAGCGAAGAGAGCAUGGACGAUUCGGAUGGGGAAGAUAAUCUAGAUAUUCCAUGUCAUAUAUGCGGCGAGUUGUUUGCAAAUCAGGAUUCCCUCGAAAGACACAUUAAAACGGACAACUGCCAAAAGAACGAAUUUGCUACCUGCAACAUAUGCGGCAUUAAAGUUAAAAACGAUGAAGUCCUCGAUCUCCACAUGAACCUGCAUGAGGGCAAAACUGAGCUGGAGUGCCGCUACUGUACGAAAAAGUUUUCGCACAAGCGCAACGUUCUGCGCCACAUGGAGGUGCAUUGGGAUAAAAAGAAAUAUCAGUGCGAGAAAUGCGGCGAACGCUUCUCAUUGUCAUGGCUAAUGUACAAUCACCUGAUGCGCCACGAUGCCGAGGAGCACGCCCUCAUCUGUGAGGUAUGCCAUCAGCAGUUCAAAACGAAACGCACCUACAAACACCAUCUGCGCACCCAUCAGACAGAUCGGCCGCGCUAUCCAUGCACGGACUGCGAGAAAUCCUUUGUGGACAAAUAUACGUUAAAAGUGCACAAGCGUGUGCAUUUGCCAGUCGAGGCAACAAAGUCUGCAACAGAAAGUCACACAAUCAACCAAACAUCCUAAUUAUGUACAGUUUAUAGUCUAUAUCAACUCAUGCACGCUAGAAAGCUAAUAUGUAUGGUUUAAAAAUAUAUAUAGGUUAUUAAAAAUGCUGCACUUGAAA